CUUGGAAAGCGUCACGAAUGAGGGAUUUCACUCAGCUUGGACGAUAGAGAAUAGAGAGCACGCCGUCUGAUAGCACUUUCGCUAGCGAAUUGAGGGUGGUCGCCUUCUUCAUUCGAUUUUCCUGACUUUAGCUGAUAGCGGCGAGCUAUGCCUUCUCACUGUUUGCUAGUUUGUCAAAGAGGAAGAAGCGUUCGAUCCUCUGUUUGAAAUUUUCCGAUCAACCGCUUAUUGUUGAUUGCUUCCAACCUUUUGUUUCUAACCUAAAGAUUUUUCCAUGGUGUGGGGAUUGGUCCCAGCUGAUGCCCUUCGAGGUGCGCAGAAGUAUUACAUUUUGGCUCCAGGGACGUAUAAAGUCGGCCGAAAAGGUUAACUCGUUUUCUUCAAGUUCUCUUUUUUGUUUGACUGCGACAUUAUUGUUCAGAUGGACCCAUCAGUAUCUCGACUCCAUGCUGAGAUUGUUGUUGAUCAGAUGAUAUCUUCGAUGAUUUUAAAUGCUGGAUCCACAAAAUCAAAUUCCCAUGUUCGGAUUAGAGAUAGUUCUAAGUUUGGUACAUUUGUAAAAAAGGAAUUGGGACCCAAGGCCCGUUUGCGCCAGGGUGAGGAGGCAACCCUUAUAGAGGGGGAUAUUGUGACGUUUGGAACUGGUAAUGCAUCAUUCAGGUUUUGUUGUGUUCCCUUUAGAAUAUUUAUUCAUAGACCAAUGCGUGGCCAACUUAGGUCAAUUCAAUCCAUUGCAUCAUCUAUUGGUGCAACAGUUACAUCGAAUUGGAGCACUGAGUGUACCCAUACUCUUGUCAAUGAAUCUUCUUUGGUGACAACAGAACUUAUUGAAGCAAUUCUGGCCAAACAGUUAGUUAUACUUGUUCAUUGGUUUGAGGUGCUUGCUGAGAAAAAUAUUUGUACGGAGUUUCCAAGCUGUACAGCCUAUUUGCCAAACCUGAACCUUGAGGAUAAUAUGGUAAGGAUUGUGGAUCCUAAGAUUCGAGAAAAUUGCCUUGACGGCUAUCUAUUUGUACUGGGAUCAUGUCACGAGCAGUAUAAAUUUGGCGAUAAGUUGCAGCUACUACUUGAAAUGAUUGGAGCAAAAUUUGUUGGUGCUGAUGAGUAUCUGUUAGAUAGCCAAACUUCAACAGUAAAGGAGAAUAAUCAGGUGGUUCUUGUAGUUUCGGGAGAAUCAACCAGUGAAUUCAACAACUCUCGAAAGUUUUCUUCUUUGUCUCGAAUCAGUGAUGUAAAACUAAUGGUUGCUAUCUUAUCUGGCAACUUGGAUUCAUCUCUCAUCGAGGUUCCUUCUAUUGUUAUUUCUUCAUCCCAUUCCACGGACGAGACAAUUGUAGCAGAUUCUGAUGUUGAAACAGACACAGCAUUAUCAACUCAAGCUGGUACUAAUAUCAAAUCUGAAACUGCCAAAGAUAACGAUACUGAAGAUGAUGAUACUUCCGGAAAACGUGAAGAUGAAGAACAUGUUAAGAAUAGCGAUGUAGAGGAGACUGCUAAUUGCAUGCCUAUGCCCAUUGAAGAGGAUGUUAUCCUCAUAAGAAAAUUCGACAAAAGUGAUGCUUCUGAUAUAGGUAGACAUGAAAAUUCAGAUAUAUUAUAUAGUCAAGACCUUAUAGUAAGAAAUACAAUCGCUUCAGUUCAACCAAUAUCAAGCAAAGCAAGUUCUGUAAACUUCAAGUGCUUUAGAAAGAGAGAGACUGUCUCCGGCAACAGCUUUAGAGACCUCAUUCCAUUUUCAAAAGAUCCAUACAAGGAAUCCGAACAUGGAAGAGAUGAAUCAGAUUACAUGCGAGAUGAAAGGAAGCGAAAGAAACUGGAAGCUAUUGCAGAGGAGAUGUUCAACAGUGAAAAGCUGAAGAAGCGUGCGGCUGCUUCUACUUCCCUGGAGGCAUUCCUUGCUCGCUGUUGAGUGACCAUCAAAGCCUGCAAAAAGAUCAAUGGCUUUAUAUUCUGAAAUGUAAUACUGAUGUCUUGUUACCGUCCAGCUUCAUCUCAAAGUUUUACUUAGCUGCAUAGUGAGCACAUAUUUUCAGGCCUUUGUACAGUCAAUAUUUAGAACAUAAAAGAAUCGCGAAGUUUGAUAGAUUUUUGUGUAAGUCAUGAGAUCUAGCGGUUUGUUUGUGUAAGCUUCAGACGGUAGAUCGGGUCUAUCUUUUUUGUAUUUGGAAGAACCUUUUACAUACUAAGAUUUUGUUUGGAAUA